CACAGCCAACCUGAUGUAGGGCUAUUGCAUAGAGAAGCCAGCGAUUGGUUGUUAAUUGAUGUGGUCCCGCCCUCGGGCAAGUUGCUAGUGCGCUUGUGUCCUGGAUCUGGGUGAUAGGUUCAGUGACACUUUGCAGCCUUUCAGCUUUCUCAACUUUUGCAAAAUACUGAUUUGAAACUUUUUGCAUUAUCAGUUCAACAUGCUGCCAAAUACAGGAAAACUAGCUGGAGUCACCCUUUUUAUUACUGGUGCAAGUCGUGGCAUCGGCAAAGCUAUUGCUUUAAAAGCUGCUAAAGAUGGAGCAAAUAUUGUGAUAGCAGCCAAGACGGCAGAACCUCACCCCAAGUUACCAGGCACAAUAUUCACUGCUGCUAAUGAAAUUGAAGCAGCUGGGGGAAAAGCUUUACCCUGCAUUGUAGAUGUAAGAGAUGAGGACCAAAUCAGUGAAGCUGUGAAGAAAGCUGUGAAUACAUUCGGAGGAAUAGAUAUCUUGGUGAACAAUGCAAGUGCCAUCAGCCUUACCAAUACCCUUGAUACUCCAAUGAAGAAAGUAGAUCUUAUGAUGGGCAUCAACACCAGAGGAACGUAUCUCACAUCUAAAAUCUGCAUCCCUUACUUGAAAAAGAGCAAAGUGGCCCAUAUUCUAAACUUGAGCCCACCACUAAAUUUGAAUCCAGUCUGGUUCAAGAAUCACUGUGCCUACACUAUUGCUAAGUAUGGAAUGUCCAUGUGUGUUCUGGGAAUGGCAGAGGAAUUUAAAGGUGAAAUAGCUGUCAACGCUUUGUGGCCAAAAACAGCAAUACAUACCGCUGCUAUGGAUAUGUUGGGUGGGUCUGAAGUGCAAAAACAGUGCAGAACAGCUGACAUCAUGGCUGACGCAGCAUACUCCAUUCUGACCAAAGCAAAAGAUUUCACUGGUAACUUUAUUAUAGACGAGGAACUGCUGAAAAACGAAGGAGUCAAGGAUCUUGAAGUCUAUGCAGUUUCACCAGGGCACCCAUUGCUUCCAGACUUCUUUUUAGAUGAGAGUCCAGAGGCUUUAACCAAGAAAAUGGAAAAUUAUGGUGCCUCUGCUACCUUCAAGGAUGGAAAAGCACAGCCUGCUGCAGAGGCUACUAGUCAAGUGGGCGAGACCUUUAAAAUUAUUGAAAAGUCUAUUAAUGAUGAGGCUAUAAAGUCUACUCAAGGAGUGUACCAGUUUGUACUCUCUGGUGCAGAGGAAGGCACUUGGUAUCUGGACUUAAAAAAUGCUAAGGGUGGAGUUGGAAAAGGAGAGCCAGCCAUUAAAGCAGACGUGGUGAUGAGUAUGAGCUGUGAGGACUUUGUGAAGAUGUUUACAGGAAACCUGAAGCCUACAAUGGCAUUCAUGUCUGGGAAACUGAAGAUCAAAGGAGACCUAGGCAUGGCUAUGAAGUUGGAAAAACUAAUGGGUCGAAUGAAUGCUAAAUUGUGACGUGAUGAAGUUGUUCAGUAGCUGUCCAUAUCGUCUACUUCAAAUAAUUAGAAGAGCCAUGUGGAACAACCUACAUGGCUUUUUGCAUGGCUUUCAAAAUGGAAGCCAUUCUUAUCUCUAAAAAAAACAUUAGUUUAAUCACGUUCAUUAUGAAAGUAGACAAGUAUUUAUAACAUUAGUAAUUACACAAACUGUUAAUUGGUAUCAUUGGUGAAAAAUACUGCAUUCAAACACAUUAGUCAGCUGUCAUCAAUACUGAACAAAUUGGGUGCCAUAUUUUAUUCUGACAAUGAUUGUAUAUAUUUUGCUUCCAUGUAGGUGUGCAUAAACCACCACAAAAUACCCAUUUGAAGAGUUUUUGUGUGUGUGCAUAUUUACACAAAAUAAUCAUUCAUAUUUCAAGAGGCUUAACGAACAGAAAAAGAUGAGCUUCCAAUGGAUUGGAAUGCUACAGAUUAAUAAUGGAUGUUAGAAAAUGAAUACCCAGGCCAACAGAGGAAGCUGUGUUUUAAACAGAUUCUAAUAAUAAAAAGUGACGCGCUUAUUCUGUACUUGAACUAUGAAUUGUAUAAACCACAAAUGUAUGGUAAUAAAAUAACUGAUUGAACUUGCGAUUUUAUACGUAAAUCACAGUUUUAUAUCUGGAAUAGUAAUGGCAGUGCUGGUGUAAGUUUUCUCCACAAAUAAAUCUUUUUACAAACUAA